AGUGAACAGAAACGCGGAGAGUAAAAACGACGCAUUUGCUACUCUACUUUUUUUGCUGCUCCACUCCGCCCAAUGCCGUCAUGGCGUUAGCAUUGCAGGUUGGUGUGGGCUUUUCUGUCUAACCUGUUUUGGAUAAUCCGACGGGAUGGUCUCUUUCCUGUUUCUAUAAUUCUUUUUCUUUUUUCCAUUUCCUCUUACACUUUCUUUCGGGUCCUCCGUGCACGAGAUAUCCAACAUGAAUCAUUUCCUUUUGCUUUUUCCAUGGAUAAAAAUAAAGCUCGGCUCAAUGGUUAUACGCGGGCUCAAUUCUCCGGCCACCAUAAUACUUAGCUGCUGUAGUAAAAGAUCGCCACUGGUCUCCUUUUCUCCUUUUGCCUUUCACUCUAUUUACGCGGUGCGAGGGAUUAGAUCCCGUCUCCGGUUCGGGGUUCCUGCCCUACGCGCAUCGUAUCAACCGCUAUUGAUGUACUUUGUAUUACUAGAUUUCGCGCGGCUCGCGUGGUCGAGAACAGGAGACACAGAUAGUACUAGAGCUAUAGAGAACAUGAUUCGUAUCUUAGUGGGAAAAAAGAGGGUCCAUCCAUCGUCAUCGCUCCGCUCACCUCACUUGACCUGCUCGGCCGGUUACUUAGGAAUCCGGGGAGUUUGGAGUCUCCGGAUUUUGCAAAGAGGGGCCUGCUACUCGGCCCUAUCCGCCAGCUCACGGCCCUCACCCUUACUUCUGACGCCUCGAUCCGCCACAGUGAUAUCGAGCCUAUUCAAAUAUUACCGAUCCCGUGGCGCUUAUUGUUCAUCCUUCAUUUAAUUUUGUUAUUAAUAUCGAAAGCUUCUGCCUUACUUACAAAUCCGGUGAGGGGACCUGGUUGUUUGAUGCCUGGAUGCAAUUCCG